GAGGAGGCCCGGGAGGGGGCCGACCCGGCUCGCCAGCUCCACGCUCGGCUCCAGACUCCGGCAUUUCCUCCCGGCUAGCUGGCGCGGCCUCGCCUCCCCCUCGGAAGAGGAAACUCCCGGGGUCCGAGUAACAGGGUCAGGCGCGGAGAGGAGCGGCGGGAGAGCCAGGAGGGCCGCCCAGGGUAGGAGGCGAGCCAGGCCGGGCCAGAAGCUGGCCGACGGCGGUGCGCGUGGGCACCGGGCCGGGAGGGCCGCUGGGCCGGACUCAGCGCGCAGCCGGGGCAGGGCGGGCCGCAGCUGGAAGGAACACUUGAGCUGGGAGAGGAGGCCGAGCUGGAGGGCGGCUUCCCUCGGGCCUGCGAUCGGGAAGUCGCCGAGGAGGAGGAGACGGGGACAGCCGGGCUGCCCGGACGCUGUGCGCAUGCUGGGCUGGGGUCGCCGCGGGGGCUCGCCCCUUGGGCUGCUCGGCCACCGCCGCCCCGGGCGCCCGGCAUGUCGGUGCACUACACCCUCAAUCUACGCGUCUUCUGGCCUCUGGUGACCGGCCUGUGCACCGCCCUGGUGUGCCUCUACCAUGUCCUGCGGGGAAGCGGGGGCGUUCGGGCUGAACCCCCCGACGGCGUGGACGGCGGCUUCCCGCUGCUCAAGGUGGCCGUCCUGCUCCUUCUCAGCUACGUCCUCCUGCGCUGUCGCCACGCUGUCCGGCAGCGCUUCCUGCCCGGGUCUCCCAGUCUGCGGGGUCACGCCGCCUUCUCCUCGAGACACUUCCGAGAGCCGGGCCUCAGCAUCCUGCUGGAGAGUUACUACGAGCACGAGGUGCGUCUGUCUCCGCACGUGUUGGGCCACAGCAAGGCGCACGUGAGCCGGAUCGUGGGCGAGCUGGUGCGGGCCGGCCGCGCCCGGGGGUCCCCCGGUCUCAUUCCCGGGGGAGCGCUGGCCUUGGCCUUCCGCGGAGACUUCAUCCAGGUGGGCAGCGCCUACGAGCAGCAUAAAAUCCGCCGGCCCGACAGCUUCGACGUGCUGGUGCCACUGCGCCUGCCGCCGCUUGUGGCGCUGGAGCCACGGAGCCUGGGCGAGGAGCCAGUGCUGGCCCCAGCCUUCCGCGGCUGCUUCGUGUGCGCCCUCAAGGCACCACCCUCACCAUUGGGGGCCUCGGGGGGCCACUGGCUUCGGGACUGCAAACCCUUUGCUGAUGCCUUCUGCGUGGAUGUGCGCGGGCGGCGUCACCUCUCUGCUACUCUGGUGCUGCGCUGGUUCCAGUCGCAUCUGCAGCGCUCCUUGGCCACUGUGCGUUACAGCCUGGAGGGGCGCUGUCGGGUCACUUUGACCCCAGGUGGCCUGGAACAGCCCCCCACCUUACACAUCCUGCCCUGCCGCACUGACUACGGCUGCUGCCGCCUUUCCAUGGCUGUGCGUCUCAUCCCCGCAGUCCAUCUGGGAGAUGGGGUCUUUCUUGUGGCGCCACCACCGCCACCCCUGCCCAGCGCGCCCCUGUUGGAGCUCCCUGAGGGCCUGCGCGCGGAGGCACUGUGGGGUGUGAACACAGCACGCCAGGAGCAGAAGCUGCUGAGUUGGCUGCAGGAACGGGCAGCUCCAGGUGCCUGCUACCUCAAGUGCCUGCAGUUGCUUAAGGCUCUGCGAGAUCUGGGCGCCCGUGGGCUGGACUCAGCGGCUGCCACCCAGUGGGGACGCAUCCUGUCCUCAUAUGUGCUCAAGACAGUGCUGCUGGCAGUGCUGCUGCGCAAGGGGGCCCCUGGGCAAGGCUGGGACGAGGAGCACCUGGGAACGUGUUUGGAGGAGUUGGUGCAGUUCCUUAGGGACUGCCUGCUGCGACGCCAUACGCUCUUCCACUGCGUCCUGGGCCCUGGUAGGGCAGCUGCCGAGGUGGGUCCCCUGCCCAAGGCACUGCGGGAAGCCGCCCCAGUUGACCUCCUGGCCGCUUUCGACGGGCACGCCCGGGAACUUGCAGCGGCGCGGUUGCUGUCCACGUGGCAAAGGCUGCCCCAGCUUCUCCGGGCCUACGGGGGUCCCCGCUACCUUGCCAGGUGCCCCCCGCCCCGGAGUCAGCGCACCCAGGGCUUCCUUGAAGGUGAACCGUAAACCCUGACAGCACCCCCACCUGACCAAAUGCUCCUAAAGCCUUUCCCACUGGGUGGGGGUGGGAAUGGCGGCGAAGCCAGUUAAAUGCAAGAUUGCAGAAGGCAGAGAAAAAUUUGGUGGCUGCCACAAGCUUUAGUGGCUUAAAUAUCACCUCCUCGCUUCACAGUCCAUCUUCACACCCACUAGAGUGUCCUGGGCAAACUAAGGCAAAACAUGCAACAGCAGCCCCAAGAAUUGGUUCAAAUGAUGUUCUCUGUGGAGGGAUUCUGUAGAAGGGUGUGGCUUUUACAGAAGUCCAGUAGAAGCAGCAAGAUCUAGCUGCAGGGAAAAUUUCUUCUGUCGGUUUUUAGACACAGAUCUCUCUGCCCAAAUUAAAAACAAACAAACAAACAAACAAAAAACACUAAAGUUUUUGACACAAUUCCUUGCUAGGUACUUGGUUCCUGAUUGUCUUUAAAAAGAAAAAUCUGAAUCUUUAUUUGCAACUGGAAUUGAAGUUCUAUUUUAGGGGCUAAUGUUCAGAGGAACAUAAUUUCGACUGUUCAAGUUAGUAUUAAUGUAUUUUUAAAAUGGUGCAAUCACAGGUGUUUGACAAGAUUGUCAAAAAAUCAAGUCACACAGAUGGAAAGGCAAUCGAGAGUUGAUUAGAGAAACUUCCAGAGAAAAUAGCACUUUAUAUUGAUCAAUUCACUCAUAUUGUGGUAAUUGCUAGCACCAAGCAUUGCGUCUGAGAGGGAAGCCAGUUAUAUUUAUUAUUAAAUGUACAGCCUUGAAAAGUGGCCAGCAUGCUUGCCUAACAUCGCUGCAGGCCACAAGCUGGGAUAUGUACCAGUCCGUCAACACCCAUUCAUGGAACUACCUACUACCAGCCAGACAUGGCUGGAACCAAAGUAGCAACCAAAUACAUAUUCAAGACAACACUGGUGAAGGCAUAAAACAUGUUGGCUUUGGAGAAAGAUGUGUUUUAGGCUUUGCCUAUAAAGGUGUUCCUCCAAGGCUGGCUGCUGGCUGGAGACAGAAACGUUUUUUGUUUUAAGGUUUUUAGCAAACUCCUUCACAAAGAGAUUUCUUUCUGAGCUUAAUGAGCUAAUGAAAAGGAAAUGCCUGCUGUUUAGGAUGUGGUUUGUGCUGGAUCUGUAACCACUGAUGGUUCCUCCUUGUUCAAGCAGUCUUACGUGGUCCAAGAGACCUGUUGAUUCAGCACAGGUCUUGCAAAACAUUUCACUUAUAGUUCAGUAUCUUGGGCUCUGUGCUUGAAGGUCAGUUACUCCUUGGUCGUGGGCAGAGGAGACAAAUUAGGAAAAGAGCAAGGGAGAUAGCCCUUGACAGCAGUCUGUCUCUUUUUUCUCUUUAGGUAUCAGUAUCACCAGGUUGAGUGUGUUUUGCAGCUGGGAGGAGCCUGUCCUGGAAUUGUUCCUUGUUCUACCAAAUUUAUAACAGCCCUCAAUUACAGUUUAAAGUUCAUCAUGGCCCGUCAUCGGUUUGCCUGAUUGGAAAUGCAGCCAGUCUAAGUGUUACACAUUGGGUUUUUUUUCUUAAUAAAAACAUGUACCGCCUCAGACUCUUACAGCUAAAAUUUGGAAGACAGAAAUG